AUGAAUGAAUGGACGAAUUGGGUUAAUUUAGUCGAUUUAAUAAUUACAAAAGUUUCCUCAAUAGAAGAUCAAUCACAAAGAGUCAGUUCUCUAAACAAACAUAUCGAAAUGUGGGAUGUUUUAAUGAGAAAAUGUUAUGCAAAAGUUUCGCAUGCCUCUGAAUUAAGAGGUCCAUUGAUGGGCCGUUUACUUUUUAUGGAUAAAAUUAUUAAUUCGAAUAUUUUAACAAAAGAUCAAUUAAUCGAAACAAAACUUGGAAUUCCUUUAAAGGCAUUAGAAGAACUUGCAGAUAUUGUUUGUGACAGACCUUUUGGCUUUGCUGAUAUGAAAUUAUUUCUUCAUUUAUUGAAAGAUGAAGAAGGGAAACAAUUAUUGGAUCAUAUUUCUUUUAUUAAUGUUGGCAUUUAG